AUGGAAAGAGAGUUUGAAAAAGGGUACAUAAAGAAAGGACCAUGGAGUAGUGAAGAAGAUGAAGUGUUAUUAGAACAUGUUAAGAAAUAUGGUUCAAGAGAUUGGAGCUCCAUUCGAUCCAAAGGUCUUUUGCCUCGAACUGGAAAAUCUUGUCGAUUAAGAUGGGUUAACAAGCUUAGACCAAACUUGAAAACAGGGUGCAAGUUUUCAGCCGAGGAGGAAAGCGUGGUGAUUGAGUUACAGAAGCAAUUUGGGAACAAAUGGGCCAAAAUUGCUGCAUGUUUGGAAGGGAGAACAGACAAUGAUGUGAAGAACUUUUGGAGUAGCAGGAGAAAAAGGUUGGAGAGGACAUUGGCAAGGACACCAUCACCUCCAUUUAAGCAGCAGAAAAACAAAGGAAAAGAUAUGCUUAUUCUUAAUAAUAAUCAAGUAAAAGUUGAAAAGGUUCCUGAACGUGGAUCCAAUAAGCUGGAGGAAAACCUAACUUACCCCAUUUCUUAUAUGGGAAACAAAGAGGUAUUCAAUAUGAUCAACCUUUCAGAUUUAACAAAAUCAAACUACCAAAAUAUAGAAAAUGACCUUAAUACAGUUGAGGUUGAAGUCACUCCACUUCACACAGUACCAUCAUUUGAGUCUUCAUCAGGCUACAACUUUCCACUGCUCCCUGAAUCACAAAUGGACUUUUCACUAUUUCCAGAGUGCCAAAACCUUGUUCAAGAGCCAUUUGAUUCCAAUUUUAUGGACAUGUUUGAGCAGGAAAAAUGUUCAGAUUGUGUGUGGAGUCAGAAGCUUGAGACCAAGUUGCCAACUCUUGGAUUGGAAGGAAAUUCUCAGAGUACAAAUUCAAAUUGUUUCUUUAAGGACUUCCCAACUGAGAUUUUUGAAUACUUUGAGGAUAUUUCAACUUAAUCAGAACAAUAAAUGUUAUGAAAUAUGCUUUGUAGUUCAUUUAGCUCUUCUUUUACCAUAACCAUAUUUUCUAAGAGUCAAUGCAUGAACUGGUUUCAGGUUCUUUUAAUUUACCAAAGAAAAACCUGAAGAUGCACAGUAUUUAAGUGUCAAUGCAUGAACUUGUUUCAGGUUUUUUUCGUACCUUCACAUAUUUGAAAUAAAAUAUUUCCAAAUUUAGUUACCAAUGUAAUCUGUUGAUGAAAAACCUCAGGCUACAUCAUCAGAACAUGGAACAGUAUUGUGCAUUUUUUUUCCUUUUAAUUACAUAUAUGUAUAACUUGAACCAAACAGCCUUCAAUGAUCAUUCAACAGAACCCGUAAAUAAUAAUGAAAUCUAGUCGCUGCAGAACAAAUAUUCUAUGAAUUCCAAGGUCCUAAUAAUGAUUAUCAAUCCUUGUUUAAAGGGGGAAAAAUCCAUGCCAUCUACUUGCUUAUCUCUUAAAAUCAAAAUUACUUUUCUCCACACCUUUCACAACACCCUUGCAAUCACACCUAUCUUAAAUGUUAAUACAUAUUGUUCAUAGGUGCACGAAAUUGACCUUCAUAUGUAUGUAAACAUGACUAUCUAAAAUAUAAACAGGUCACAUCAUUAUUCAUGCUAAGAACCACAAUAAAACAGUUUGCAAGAAGUAGAGAGUAGCUGUACAAUACUUUUGCAAUCCCCCCCAAAAAAAUAUCCUUAAAAGACCUA